UUUCAGUAGGCGAAAUUCCACUGCCUCCAAAUAAAACCCUAAUAGAAGUCCCCUUUCUCUCACAUUUCUCUCGUUGCCUCUUUCAGCUCUCGUGCUCAACGCCUAUCUGAAAUUGGAGCGACUCGUUUCCUUUCUCAGCCAUGGCUCUCGUAUUGUAUGCCGGUAAGACGAACAAAAAUGGAUACAAGGCACUGAUCGCUGCAGAAUACUCUGGUGUGGAUGUCAAACUUGCUGAGAAUUUUGAGAUGGGUGUCACCAACAAGACUCCUGAGUUUCUCAAAAUGAACCCACUUGGAAAGGUUCCUGUCUUGGAGACUCCUGAUGGUCCUAUCUUCGAGAGCAAUGCAAUUGCACGUUAUGUUACUCGAUUGAAGGCUGAGAAUCCUCUAUAUGGUUCAUCAUUGAUUGAUUAUGCCCAUAUCGAGCAGUGGAUGGAUUUUGCAGCAACAGAGAUUGACGCUGGUAUUGCAAGAUGGCUUUAUCCUAGAUUGGGAUUUCAACCAUAUCUCCCUCCAGUUGAGGAGGCUGCGAUUACUGCAUUGAAGAGAGCACUGGGUGCCCUGAACCUGCAUCUUGCCUCAAACACUUACUUGGUUGGGCAUUCUGUGACCCUUGCUGACAUCAUCUUGACAUGCAAUCUAUUUUUAGGAUUUGCUCAUGUCAUGACUAAGAGCUUUACCUCAGAGUUCCCUCAUGUUGAGAGAUACUUCUGGACCAUGAUUAAUCAACCAAAUGUCAAGAAGGUAAUUGGUGAAGUCAAGCAGGCUGAAGUAGUUGUGCCAAUUGCUAAGAAACCUGGCCCGCCCAAAGAAUCUGCUAAAUCAAAGGCCAAGGAGGAACCCAAAAAAGAAGCCAAGGAAAAAGAGCCGGCAAAGCCCAAAGCUGAACCUUCUGUGGAAGAGGAAGAGGCACCAAAGCCAAAACCGAAAAAUCCUCUUGAUUUAUUGCCACCAAGCAAGAUGAUUUUGGAUGAUUGGAAGAGGCUCUACUCUAACACCAAGACCAACUUCCGUGAGGUUGCUAUCAAAGGAUUCUGGGAAAUGUAUGAUCCUGAGGGUUACUCGCUAUGGUUCUGCAACUACAAGUACAACGAGGAGAAUACUGUGUCGUUUGUCACCCUGAACAAAGUCGGUGGAUUUCUUCAAAGGAUGGAUUUGGCUCGCAAGUAUGCCUUUGGGAAGAUGCUAGUGAUCGGCUCAGAGCCUCCAUUCAAGGUCAAGGGGCUGUGGCUUUUCCGUGGGCAAGAAAUCCCCCAAUUUAUCAUCGAUGAGUGCUAUGACAUGGAGCUGUAUGAAUGGACAAAAGUUGACAUCUCAGAUGAAGCUCAAAAGGAGCGUGCCAGUCAGAUGAUUGAAGAUUGUGAGCCAUUUGAGGGGGAGGCCCUUUUGGAUGCCAAGUGCUUUAAGUGAAGCAAACUCUUAUCUAUUAAGGUCAUAGUUCUGGCCGCAACCUUUUUUUGGUAGUGACUUUGUCGCAUGUCCCAGACGUACGGAAGUCUAGACUUUUUAUGAUUUGAACUACAGUGUAAGUUUGUUUAUGAUCUUUACUUGGCCCUCUCAAAAUUAUCUGCGUGUUUUUUGGUGGCAUUUAAUUGCCAGACUCUCUAGGGUUCUUGUGUAUUAAUCUAUUGUGCUCAGUCUUUGUGAUCAAUUAUGUUCCAUC